ACCUCAAUUUAUUAUCAACCCGGCUUUUUUCACAUUUUAUUGAAUAUUAUUUCUAUAUAGAACACAUGCCCGGAAUAAGCUUAGCAAAACAGAAGUGAAAAAUAUAGUCUUCAAAGUGCAUUCAAUCAUAGUGUACAGACUUAUUUCACUUAAACAAAUAACCUUUAGACUUUUCUAUAGAAAUAAUCACCCAUUUUCCUUACACACAACUUGCACUCACUUAAGAUUUUUUAUUUAUUACAAACUAUCAAUGCCGUUAUCUUUCCUACAAAAUUUGAAAAACAAUAAGAAAAUGAACAUUUUCAUAAAAUACCAUAAAAAGUAUUUAAAUGAUAACCAAUAAUAAUCUUUGAAUGUCAGCAUUUAUGUAUGUAAUGUAAGUGCAGUAUAUUUGCAUACUUUUUGAAACCUGAAGCGAUUAUUAUUUUUUUGUUAUAUUUUUUUUUUGGUCGAGUUAUAAAUAAAUUAUAAAGAUUAUCAAAGCUCUCAUCGGCUCUCUGGAAUUGAUAUUUCCAACAUUCAGCCAUAACGAAAGGUGCCAUCGAACAAGUAGCUAGCCCAACAUUAUGGUGCUGUGGUUGUGCAUUUUUGCAUUCCUCAUUGUUCUAACUAUUGCUCAAUAUUUCCUUAAUAAACAUAAAAAUCAACUCGUGGCUAAUCUAAAUGGACCUUAUCCAUUUGUUUUAGUUGGAAGUGUUCAUAAAUUAUUUUGUCUUUCACCACAAAUAAAAUUUUUGAAAGACUUUUUCAAGCAAAUAAUACAUUUUCGAAAGAUAUGGGGAAAAGUUUAUCGAAUUUGGAUAUUCAAUCGCUUGAUCAUAGCUAUCGGUGAUCCAAAAGUGGCAGAGGUUCUGCUAAGCAGCCAGACACACAUUAAAAAACAUCAUUUGUAUAAUUUACUCCGACCAUGGCUUGGAACUGGGUUACUAAUGAGCGAUGGACGUAAAUGGUUUGCCCGGCGGAAAAUCAUUACACCAACUUUUCAUUUUCAAAUUCUCGAGCGGUUUGUAGAGGUAUUCGAUCAACAAAGUGAUGUUUUGGUGAAACAACUUGAAAAGCACUGCCAAACUGGUAAAGAAUUUGAUGUUCAUCCGUAUAUUGGAUUGGCAGCCUUGGAUAUCAUAACAGAGACUGCGAUGGGUACAAAGAUCAAUGCACAGAGUGAUCCAACAAAUGAAUACACUCGAGCUGUAAAUGACAUCACUCAGAUCAUGUCUUUGCGGUUUCUAAACGUUCCUAUUGCAAAUGACACUAUAUUUAGUAUAGUCUGUCCUAAAAUCAAACGUCGACAAAUUGAAUGUAUCAAAACUAUGCAUAGUUUUACAAUAAAAGUCAUUGAAGAGCAUCGAAAGGCACUAAAAGAUGAAUUGCAGAAUCAAGAAAAUGGAAAUCAUAUUUCAAAUGAAGGUGUAGAGUCAAAAGAACGAAUGGCUCUAUUAGAUGUACUACUUCAAUCAACAUGCGAAGGAAAACCUCUUACAAAUGAAGACAUACGAGAAGAAGUUGAUACAUUUAUGUUUGAAGGUCACGAUACAACAACUUCGGCUAUAAGUUUCGCCCUCUCACAAAUUGCUCGACAUUCAAAUGUUCAAGAAAAGCUUUAUGAAGAGAUAUGUGAAAUUCUGGACAAAGAGGAAGAUAAUUGCAUUAGCUAUCGAGUCUUGCAGGAAUUGAAAUAUACUGAAGGUGUAAUAAAGGAAACUUUGAGACUUUAUCCACCGGUGCCAGUGAUUGCAAGAGAACUAUUGCAAGAUAUGAGCUAUGAUGGAGGAGUCCUUCCAGCAGGAAGUGAAAUAUUACUUGGCAUUUGGUUAAUGGGACAUGAUGCUGAUUUAUUUCCUGAUCCAGAGGAAUUUCGACCGGAACGUCAUCUGCUAGAGUCAUCAGAUCGUGCUAGUUCCUUUUCGUUUAUACCAUUUAGUGCUGGACCGAGAAAUUGUAUUGGACAGAAAUUUGCUAUGCUUGAGAUGAAGUGUGUUAUUAUGAAGAUUGUACAAAAAUUCAAAUUACUACCUCUAGGAGAGGACGUUAAGCCACGCAUGAAUCUUGUUCUAAGAUCAGAUAACGGAUUCCAAAUGGGUUUGGAGCAUAGAAAAUCCUAACACGAUAAAAAUAUUAUAAAGAGCAGUUAGAUCGGUAGAUAUACUUUUGUUUGUUUCUAGAUGUUAAAAUUCGAUUUCAAUGCAAAAUCUUUAAAUGCUAAUACCAGUAAAAUUAAUAUAGUAAGUGUAGCACAAAUCUUCCCUGUUAUAUUGUGCUUUAUUUCAUGUGUAAACUCAAAUAGUUAAUAAUAAAAUAUGUUUUUAACAGUUUUUUCAAACUUUGUUACAGUACAAACGCUUGAAUAAAUUUUAUGUUUAAUUUUUUUG